AUGAAGUCAAGUCAGAUCUUGAGCUUGUUGCUCACCAUCACUGCUGCCAUUGCUGCACCAGUCGCUAUUGAAAGCACCAAUGGCUUGACUGAAAUCCAACAACGGGAAGCCAAUGCACUCCCUGAGCCCGAUGUCGCCUACAAGCGUGACGGCUCGACGGAGUUCGACCCGGACGAUGCUCUUUAA